GUAGAACGAGUGAUUCAGUGAGCCGAGCAGCAAGUGUUAAGCGUGUGCACGUGGUCAGUGGAGUGAAACACGCUGGUCUUCAGUCCAUCACCAUCAGAACUCAUUCAACAACAGCUCAACAACACACACAGUCCACACUGAAGCCUGCAGCUCAUCAGAAAUCAUCAGUGAUGAUGUCUGAGCGCGUGCUGGUCAUUGGAAGCGGCGGACGGGAACAUGCGCUGGCCUGGAAGUUUGCUCAGUCUCCUCACGUCCAGCAGGUCCUCGUGGCUCCGGGAAACGCAGGAACCGCAAACUGUGGGAAAAUCUGCAACUCUGAGGUGUCCGUGAACAAUCAUUCGAUUUUAGCUCAGUAUUGUAAAGAUCAUAAUGUGGGUCUGGUGGUGGUGGGUCCAGAAGUUCCUCUGGCUGCUGGUAUGGUGGAUGACCUGACGGGCGCUGGUGUGUUGUGUUUCGGGCCGUCGGCGAGGGCUGCUCAGCUGGAGGCCAGUAAGAGUUUCUCCAAAGCCUUCAUGGAUCGACACAACAUCCCCACGGCCCGCUGGAGCUCCUUCACUGACCCGCAGCAGGCCUGCGCUUAUAUACGAGAUGCUGAUUUCCCAGCUCUGGUGGUAAAAGCGAGUGGUCUGGCGGCUGGGAAAGGUGUGAUCGUCGCUCAGGAUAAAGACGAAGCCUGUCAGGCGGUUCUGGACAUCAUGAAGGAUAAGGCGUUCGGUUCAGCGGGAGAGACUGUGGUCGUGGAGGAGCUUCUGGAUGGACAGGAAGUGUCUUGUUUGUGUUUCAGUGACGGUAUGACGGUCGUAGCGAUGCCUCCAGCUCAGGACCACAAGCGUCUGCUGGAUGGAGAUAUGGGUCCGAACACCGGCGGGAUGGGGGCUUACUGUCCCACACCACAGGUUUCAGAUGAACUGCUGCAGGAGAUCAGCAGAAGUGUUCUUCAGAAGACAGUGGAUGGCAUGAGAGAGGAGGGAGCGCCGUAUGUGGGUGUUUUAUACGCAGGACUGAUGUUGACUACGCAGGGACCGAGGGUGCUGGAGUUUAACUGUCGCUUUGGUGACCCUGAGUGCCAGGUGCUGCUCCCGCUGCUGCAGUCAGACCUGUAUGAGGUGUGUAUGCAGACGCUGCACUGUGAGCUGGACUCUGCUUCAGUGCAGUGGAUGCAGGACUGUGCUGCGGUGACUGUGGUGAUGGCCAGCGGAGGAUACCCGAACGCUUACAGAAAGGGUCUGGAGAUCAGCGGUUUGUCUCAGGCUUCAGAGAUGGGCGUUCAGGUGUUUCACGCCGGCACUGCUCUUAAAGAAGGGGGCGGAGUCAUCACGAGUGGUGGGCGUGUCCUGACGGUCACUGCGGUCCGGCCCACUCUGGAGAGUGCUUUACAGAGCGCUAAUGAAGGAGUGGCAGCGAUCAGCUUUCCUGAUGCGGUUUACCGGAGAGACAUCGGCCACCGCGCCAUCACAUACCUCACACACACCAGAGGACUGACGUAUAAGGACAGCGGUGUGGACAUCGCUGCGGGAAACAGACUAGUAGACAUCAUCAAACCUCUAGCCAAGGCAACAUCUCGUCCAGGAUGUAAUGCGGAUCUUGGUGGUUUUGCGGGGCUCUUUGAUCUGAAAGCUGCAGGAUUCACGGACCCCAUAUUGGUGUCAGGGACUGAUGGAGUCGGCACGAAGCUGAAGAUUGCACAGGAGUGUGGUGUUCACAGCACUCUGGGUCAGGAUCUGGUUGCCAUGUGUGUGAAUGAUGUUCUCGCUCAGGGAGCCGAGCCGCUCUUCUUCCUGGAUUAUUUCUCCUGCGGUCGGCUAGAUGUCGACGUCGCGGCUUCGGUCAUCGGCGGCAUCGCAGACGCCUGUCAGAUGGCUGGAUGUGCUCUGCUAGGAGGUGAGACGGCGGAGAUGCCGGGUGUGUAUCCUGCAGGAGAGUAUGAUCUGGCUGGGUUCUGUGUGGGAGCAGUGGAGCGAUCAGCUCUUCUGCCCAGACUGAAGGACAUCUCAGAGGGAGAUCUGCUGCUGGGCGUCUCCUCCUCCGGCAUACACAGCAACGGCUUCAGUCUGGUGCGCACGAUCCUGGAGCGCAGCGGCCUAAACAUCAGCUCACCCGCUCCCUUCGGCCGCCCCGGACAGACUGUCGGAGAUGUUCUUCUGACUCCCACUAAGAUCUACAGCCGUGUCCUCCAGCCUGUGCUGCGCAGUGGAGCCGUGAAAGCGUUCGCUCACAUCACCGGUGGAGGACUGCUGGAGAACAUCCCUCGAGUCCUGCCUGCAGAUCUGUGUGCGGAUCUGGACGCGUGCCGCUGGCGUAUCCCUCCGGUGUUCUCUUGGCUCCAGCAGCAGGGCGGUGUGUGUGAGCAGGAGUUCUGCCGCACCUUUAACUGUGGUCUGGGUGCGGUGCUGGUGGUCAGUAAAGCAGAUGCUCAGAGGGUCCUGCGGCUCCUGCAAGCCCACGAGGAGAGCUGGAUCAUCGGCUCCCUCACACACAGACACCCAGGAGCGGAGUCUGUGGUGGUCAGAAACCUGGAGCGGAGUCUUCAGGCCGGGCCGGACUGCUCUCCGGACACUGGCGUGCUGCGAAACGGAUCAUCAGCAGUGGAUCAGAACUCACGGCGCAGGACAAGAGUCGCUGUGCUAAUCUCUGGAAGCGGAACGAAUCUGCAGGCUCUGAUGGAUCAGGCCAGGAAGCCGUCGAGCUCUGCUGAGAUUGUGCUGGUGAUCUCCAACAGGCCGGGGGUGAUGGGGCUGAAGAGAGCUGCGCUGGCCGGCAUUCAGACACGGGUUGUGGAUCAUAAGCUGUACGGCAGCAGAGCAGAGUUCGACGGCACCAUUGAUAAAGUUCUGGAGGAGUUCAGUGUGGAGCUGGUGUGUCUGGCGGGAUUCAUGCGCAUCCUCACCGGACCCUUCGUACGCAAGUGGAGCGGGAAGAUGCUGAACAUUCAUCCAUCUCUGCUGCCGUCUUUUAAGGGAGUGAACGCUCAGAAACAGGCUCUUCAGGCCGGAGUCAGAGUUACUGGAUGCUCUGUGCACUUUGUGGCGGAGGAUGUGGACGCCGGAGCCAUUGUGGUCCAGGAGGCGGUUCCUGUGCUGGUGACUGACAGCGAGGAGAGCCUAUCAGAGCGCAUCAGGGAGGCGGAGCAUCGGGCGUUCCCAGCAGCCCUGGAGCUGGUGUCCAGUGGAGCGGUGAAGCUCCGAGACGACGGACACAUCGUGUGGAGCACCAGAGAGACACACUAACCCUCAGAUCAAUACCGUCCAUAGUCAAUACUGUCAUUAACACAAUAACACACAUUCCUAACCUCAGAUCAAUAGAACAUUCCAGAUCCAGACAUUCCUGAACAUGCAGAGUCCCACUACUGCUCAUCAAGAGCUUAUUUGCAGAUUUGUAGUCAGUUUCAGGUGUGUGUUGAAGAGUACAACUGCAAAAAAAACAAACCAAGAUUCAUGGAAAUGAGUAAAACUGGAGCUUUUCAGUGUUUGUCAGAGAUAGUUUAUUCAUUAAGAGAGAAAACUGUUGAUGCUUGAGGAGUAUUAGUGAUUUGAUGAACUGCAUGUGUUGAUUUAGGUCUGUGUUUACUGUUGGCAUUAAACUUGCACUGCUGUA